AUGAAGCUGUUUGGUUUUUCAGUGACGGCUAGUGAUCAAGCCACCAUGGGUGCGCCAUGCGCGAACCUCAACAAGGACGAUAAGCGAUUCGAGUGCCAAUUCUGUGGCCGUGAGUUCGCCAAUUCUCAAGCUCUCGGCGGCCACCAGAACGCCCACAAGCGCGAGCGCCAGCUCGCCAAACAACUCCGUUUCGAUCCCAAUAAACACCCUCGUUUUUUCACUUCCACGCCGCCGCCCUCCGCCACCGUCAUCUGGUCCAGAUCUGGUGGUGCUCCGCCGUCUGCUGCUGGUGGUGGUGGUGGUGAAGUGAAUGGUGAAAAUGGCGUUGAUCUCCACCUCAGUCUCGCGCCAUCCUCAAGGAUCUUCUGUUAA